CAUGAAGGAGGGGGGGUGACUCUCCAGUAGCUUAACAAAGCCCCAAUAUGACACCACAGAUGAAGGGAAAUCAUCUCUGCCAUCUGUUCCUUCUGUUCCAUGUAGUCUGUGGGUGAAUGGAACGAUGGAACGUGUCCAGCUGUGGUAGCCUCCUCUUCCUCCUCCUCCUCCUCUUCGCCGUCUUCCCUCCACUAGAGCGCAGACAAAGCCACGAGAGAGAGAGAGAGAGAGAGAGGAGAGGAGGGAAGAAAUAUCUAGCUGACUCUGUCGCCUGGACGACCAGCUAAAGAUGAACGCAGGAAAGAGAGGAGCACAAAAGACGAGAAAAACAAGUCUUUAUUUCGUACCGGGAUUCACUGAGUGAGUGUAGUGUAAGUGUAUGUGUGUAUGUGACAACUAUAUAGACGCAGUAAAGCCUCAUUCUACCAAAACACGAGAUGACAUUGGGGACCCAGAAGGCCUGAGUGACCCCCGCUUGGCACCUCCACCUGUGAGCCUCCAGACAGCUUCAGGUGCCAACCAUGGAUGAUGAUGAGCCGCUUUUGUUUCACACAGUCUGUGAAGAAGAUGAUGAAGAGCAGGGGCAGGAGGUGGAGGUUGGAGUGAGGCAUGCUGAGGUGCUAUGUGGGCCGUGGAGGGCGGUGGCCUGGGUGUACACGCAGCCCUGGGUGAGCGGGGUGGUUUUAGCCGGGUUUGUCCUCCUCCCUUGCACCUUGUUUGCCUUCAUGCUCUUCUACUGCCCUCCUCUGGACAUUGACCUCUCCUACAGUGCCUUCGAGGUCCAUAGUCACUUCUCAGCGGAGCGUUUCGAUGCCCUCACCAUAGCUGUGAAGACCCAGCUUGGCUCCUGGGAUAGACGUAGGAGAGAUGUGGAUAGUGAGAGUGAGUACCUGCAGGAGAUACUCAUGGACAAGCUGCACACACAGGACGAGGCCUCCAGGUCAGGAGAUGUUUUGACCUUUAGAGGAGAUGAGGGAUUUCUUCGGAGGCGCCGCUCUGCUCCAAACUACUACCUCCAGAGUCAAGCUCUGUGGAGCAUCGAGUUAGUGUUUGUUGCUCAGGGUGACGGAGACCACAACAUCUUCACCCCGGAGCGCCUGAAGACCAUCCAUGACGUGGAACGAUUAAUCAUGCAGCACCCGCAGUUCCAUCAGUUCUGCUGGAAGCCAAUGGAGGUGUUGAGGGACCUCCCACUGGGACCAUCCUUCUGCUCGCCGCCCAGUUCGCUUCUGUCUUACCUCUACCCCAGCAAGCGAGGAGGGAAAAUCUACUAUGAUGGCAUGGGUCCAGAUCUAGCUGAUGUCCAAGGUUCCUUGAGCCUGGCUAUCACGCACCCUCAGUUCUACUGGUACGUGGAUGAGAGGCUCUCCCCCGAGCACCUCUCCUCCUCUCUACUGCGAAGCGAAAUCCACUUUGGAGCCCCGCUGCCGACAUACAACUCCCUGCAGGAUCGAGCCGAUGAGCAGCGGAGCCACUUUAAGAACUUUGUGGUUCAAUACGCAGACAUCCUGGCCAAGCAGUCCACCAGCCAGGUGAAGGUUCUCUACGGGGGGACGGAGCUAUUUGACCAUGAAGUGAGACACACUUUCAGGAAUGAUAUGACGCUGGCUGUCAUCAGUGGAGCCUGCAUUACUGUGCUGGUCUACAUCCUGACCUCCUUCUCUGUGUUUCUGACUUUCUUCGGACUGGCCAGCAUUGGGCUGAGUUGCCUGAUGGCUCUCUUCUUGUACCACGUUGUGUUUGGUGUGAGAUACCUGGGUAUUCUCAAUGGAGUGGCAGCCUUUGUCAUCAUUGGAAUCGGAGUGGAUGAUGUAUUUGUGUUCAUCAGCACCUUCAGACAGGCCGCUCAUCUUCAUCAUCCUCAGCAGCGUAUGGUGUAUACUGUCAAAACAGCCGGUCGAGCCACUUUCCUCACCUCCUUCACAACAGCAGCCGCCUACGCUGCCAAUGCCUUCUCCAAGAUCCCAGCCGUGCACGACUUUGGCCUAUUCAUGGCUCUUAUUGUCAGUUGCUGCUGGAUUUGGGUUUGUGUGCUGAUGCCAGCCGCCCUGUGUAUCUGGACACAGUGUGUGGAGCCUCAUGAGCACGCCUGGUUGCACCGCAUCUCUUCACUCACAAGUUGGAAGUCGUUUCGGGGCCUGUCAGCGAGCUACAGCCCUUUGUCGGAUGAGGAUGACGACGUGGCGCUUCUGUCAGUGGAGAUGGAGCCAGGUUCCCUUGAGGCAGACAGAGACGCGGCCAUUCUGUCCCUUUCAAUGGAGACACCCCUCAACCCUGCAGGCCACCAGGAGUUGGGGGUGGUCAGCACAAAGCUUCAGUGGGCCCUCAAGCAUUUGGUGGGCCAGCCAGCUGUGGAGAGGAGGAAAACUAUUCUAGGUGUCUUCCUUCUGGUUCUGCUCCUAUCUGCUGGUUGUUGCUGUCUGUUGAGGCCAGCCUCUCACGCCCCCUUACUGUUCCGUCCGGAUACCAACCUUCAGACUCUGCUGGCUCUGAGGAGCAACCUGAGCGGUCAAGGCAUCUCCUGUCACAUGUGCUCAGGUGUCUUCAUGGAGAAGCCACAUUCUUUGUCCUCAUCAGCAUUCAGGACCUCCACACAUCCUCAGGACUGCCACACAAAGACCACCACUGCUCCUCUGAGCACAACAGUAGCAAACUCAAGCAACAACCAACCAGGCUUUUUAAUUACAGUCUUUAUAUCAAAGUUGAACCUCAGAACUUCGACAACUGUUUACCGCUUCUCCCUUAACGCCAGCACUCCUUCGCCAUGGAAGCUGUGCAGUACGGAACAUGACCAGGUGCCUUUAUUUCAGGCCUUCAACCAGUCGUGGCAAAACUACACCAGAAGAAUGACAGUGUGCGUUUCCAACGACUACCACCCCUCCCCCAGCUGGAUGAUUACAUCCAGAUCAUGUGACCGCCGCCACAGCUGGAUACCUGAGUUUUCCUUUUAUGUGGCGUCAUCACCUCAGCAGAACAGCAGGAAACUGCACUUUGCACAGCAUAAGCUGAGGCCACAUCCCACUCGAGUGUGUGCGAGCCCACCUGGCUGUGGUAUCAGUACUGUACCUGAUGGACCCACACGGGGAACCUUUUAUACUCCUCUUCCCGGAGAUUCCACUACUGAACCAGUGAACCCAUCCAAGACGUCUGGCUUCAACCCAUGCAGAGGUGGCGCUUGUGGCCUCCCGGCUGUGCGCCCUCUGGUUGACACCGGUGCCAUGGUGUUUGUCGUGUUUGGCAUCUUGGGAGUUAAUCGGACGGAACGCAGAGACAAUCACGUCAUCGGCGAUAUUGGAAAGGUGAUAUUGGAUCCAGAUUUUGACAUUUUCAAGGAAAUGGGACAUCUUUGCCAAAUUUGCAAAGCAGUCAGUGCAAAUAAACAACUAGUGAAGCCCGGCGGAGCACAGUGUCUUCCUUCAGGUAAAAAACUGCCAUCCAUUCUGCCUCUCCUCCAUCCGGAAUGUCACUCUCUCCCCGAGCCCAACCUUCUUCCAGGCCAGCUCUCUCAUGGAGCGGUAGGAAUGCACGGAGGGAAGGUCCACUGGCUCUCUAUGGCCUUUGAAUCUACCACAUACAAGGGGAAAUCCUCCUUCCAGACAUAUUCUGACUUUCUCCAGUGGGAGACUUUCAUCAAGGAACAACUCUCCAUGCUGCCUCAGUCUUCAUCUCUGAGACGAGGAUUCCAGACCUGUGAGCACUGGAAGCAGAUCUUCAUGGAAAUCAUAGGAGUGGAGAGCGCCCUCUGGAGUCUGCUGCUCUCUUUGGGCAUCUGUGUGGCGGCCGUGUCUGUUUUUACUGCACAUCUUUUUCUACUUCUUCCAGUCCUUAUUACUAUUCUCGGAGUGAUCUGUCUGGUGGGGGCAGUCAUGUACUGGCUGGGCUGGGAAAUGGGAGCGGUGGAGGCAAUUUCUCUGUCCAUCCUCGUGGGGUCUUCAGUGGACUACUGCCUGCACCUGGUGGAGGGAUACAUGCUGGCUGGGGAAGGAGCGCCCCCUACUGUAGGUCUCUGCUUGGAGCCUGCAGCAGCGAGGCAGAGACGCACCAUGGAGGCAGUGAACCAUGUGGCCGUUGCUAUAGUGUCCAGCGCCGUUACCACGGUGAUCUCCACAGUCCCUCUUUUCUUCUGUGUCAUUGUGCCUUUCGCCAAGUUUGGCCAGAUCGUGGCCAUCAACACCACCAUCUCCAUCUUGUUCACCCUGACCGUGACUGUGGCCAUGUUGGCCAGUGUGGCCCCCGCCAGCUUCAGAAGGACCCGAGGCGACGUACUGAAGGCCGCCAGCGCCGUGCUGGUGGUCGCGACCACAGGGGGAGCUCUGUGGUGGGCCGGCAGGCGCAUGGGGGCGUCAGCCUGGCCAUCCAUCAACAUUUUAACAUGAUGAUGUCACUUCUCUUGUAAAAAUAUUGAAGAUGUCACAUUCAAGUACAGGUGCAAAAAAUUGGAGCAAUCAUAUCCCUGCUUUUCCAACGGCGAUACAUAUAAUACACAAUACGCAAAUAAUUGAUCCACACAUAAAAAUGUCUAUUUUUGACACAUAGCUUGUUCCAACCCCUCAAAAAACUCCUUGACACUGACGGUCUCCUCUGAUUUCAGAUUUUAGGAGGCUAUUGUCUCAUUAAUGUAUUGUAAUGGCACCUUUAAAUGGCUUUAUACACGUAUUACCCGUUAUAGUAGACAUAAAUAAAUAAGCCUUUCCAUAGCAAAACUUCAUGAUUGGCGGACAAAUGUGUAGAGAACAGGAAGUGACGCCUGAGUUUUAGCUUGUUGUGGUUAAUGGCUCCACCAGUUCUUAUUAGGAUUAUUAUGUUAUUACUAUUGUGCCCAAUUUAAACUUGGAAUAAAUGCCUUUUCUUGUGUAGUUCAUGUAGCCAUUUUUAUGCUUGAAAAUGCCAAACUUAGGCCAAGAAUAAGUACAAUUUGUUUAAAUAUGCAUUCAAUUAGAUAUGAUUCAAAACCUUCUCUCUUCAGUUACCAUUUUUCACUAGCAACAGAAGCUAACUAGCUAAAUGCACAAUCCAGGAUUUUACCCUAAAUAUGCCUCACACACUUAUUAAACACGCAAAAAACAUAAAAUGUACAUGUACUCACCUCAAAGGAAGUUUUGAGGUGGGAUAUUAAGAAAGUUGACUGUGAAGCUAAUCCACAUACAAGCACACAGGCUGCCGCCAUCUUGCACUGACGUCACGUCGUACAUUAGCAUGUGUGACAUGGACACGCUAUUUGUGGGCUAUGUCGUCUAUACAGUAUAUGUAAAUUUUAUGUAUUAAAUGUACAUUUCGUUCCUAUCACAUUUUUAGAUUAAUGUUGACUUAGAUGGAAGGAAACGGCCCGUUUUUGGAGAGUUUUUUUUAAUUAUAUUUGGCAAAUUUGGCAAAUUUCCAGGGCUGUGAAUUCUGAAUUGGGAAUGUGUGAGGAUCAAGUGUAACUUGAAUGUAUCAUCGUGUAACACAAAAGCUUUAAGUUAGUCACUUUUGUUGUUGUUGUUGGAUGGUGUGUUUGUUUGCAUACAUGAACAUACACAAGUGUGUGUGUGUGUGUGUGUGCUCUAGACAGGGUUAAUCAAUCCAAUAAUGGCGGCAGACCAGCCUGCAAAUUGGGAAUUGUAUAACAUUUUUACAGUACAGUAAAACAACAGAGCACUCUUGUCAUAUAGAGGAUCUAUGACUAGACUUCUGUCAUAAAUGUAAGACUUUAUGACUAUAUUAGCCAUUUGGUAAAAGCUGCUACAUUUUUCAUAUGACUCUUGUCCGUAUUGGAGCUGAUAAGAUUGUUGAUUAUUCAUAAUACAGUGAAGGGGACCACUUUUAUUUUUUUAAUGCCCUUUAAAUGUAUUCAUGCAUAUUGUAUUCACGUUUAUUGUAUGUAACCCAUUAAAAGGUUCAGAAUGUUAUUAAGUACUUCCACACUGGCAUUAAGAGAAUUACAUUUAUGGUAAACAUAUGUGAAGAAUAUGGUACAUAUAUAUUUUUAUUGUUAAAAAAAAGACAUUCAAUUUGGAUAGAGAUGAUGUGAAAUACUGUCUGUAAUGUCUACAGUCUGUUUAGUUGGUAUGUGAUGUUUGUUUUCUGUUUCUUUUUAUUAAUGGGACAGUUAUUAA